AGCUAUUGGCGGUGCAGGCCCUCCUCAGUCAUCGGGGCCGUCUUAUACCCCCCAGCCCCCCCAGCAGGCUAAUCCCCCAAUGCCUACCACACAACCAUAUGGAGUCAUGCCUGGUAUUCCGACAGGAAACCCUUACGUGAUUCCCGGACAGACCCAGAUUUAUCCACAGGGUCCUCCACCGACAUAUGACCAAGCAUUGACCCAUCCAGCUGCAAUCGUUGGACAACACAUGUAUCCUCCUGGAACCAUGUACGCAGCUGGGUACCCUACUUAUCUAGGGUAUCCGACAUACGCCCCAAUGCAGUAUUAUCCUUCUCUAGGUGCCUAUUCGUAUGCUAUGCAACCAGCACAACUCAGGCCCACCAUUAUGAUACCAAACGGCUACGACGGCGGCGCACGCUUCGACGGGGGCGGCGCUAUGGGCGGCCAGCCCGGCGUACUGCCGCCCGCGCCACCCGCCGUGCCGCCCUCUGCUGCCCAGUUGGCAGCCAUGGCCGGCCACCAGAUGUCGCUCGGCCACAAGAAGAACGCCUUCCUCACGGGAUCGGAGGGCGGCUACGCGUUCUGGUAGACGUAGGCGAAUCGAAGGUCUGGUUGGUAGGUCGGUUUGUACAAGAGCCGGCUGCAAAUGUCGACCGUCAUUUGAAAACGAAAUGA